AUGACCUCCGAGGCCGUCCCACGUGUUCCCAUCCCCCCGCGCGGGGUGGACUACCGCAACAAAGUCGUCCUUGCGCCGAUGGUGCGCUCGGGCGAGCUGCCGUCACGACUGCUGGCGCUGCAGUACGGGGCCGACCUCGUAUGGGGCCCUGAAACGAUCGACCAGUCCAUGAUCGGCACGACUCGCCGCGUCAACGAACGCACCGGCUGCAUCGAGUGGUCGCGGCUGCCGUCCAACAGCGGCGAGAACGUCAAGCCCUCCAUCAUCUUCCGCAUGCACCCUGAGCGCGAGGGCUCAAAACUCAUCUAUCAGAUGGGCACCUGCAAACCCGAGCGGGCCGUCGAGGCCGCACGGAUUGUGGCCGCCGACGUGGCGGGCAUCGAUGUCAACGCGGGCUGCCCCAAGUCCUUCUCAACCGAUGGCGGCAUGGGCGCGGCGCUGCUCAAGACGCCGGAUAAGCUGGUUGCGAUUCUCGAGGCGCUCGUCGCCAACAUUGUGCCCGAGUUCGGCAUCGGCAUCAGCGUCAAGAUCCGCAUUCUAAAAGACCCCAAGGCCACCGAAGCCCUCGUCCGGCGGCUCGUGCGCACUGGCAUCAUCGGCCUGACGGUGCACUGCCGCACGACGCCGAUGCGGCCGCGCGAGCGUGCCAUCCGCGACCAGCUGCCCAUGAUCCGCGCUGUCUGCCACGAGGCGGGCGUGGCGUGUCUCAUGAACGGCGACGUGACGUCGCGCGACCAGGCGCUGGAGUUGAUGGCCGAGUACGGCGUGGACGGCGCCAUGAUUGCGACGGCCGCGGAAAAGAACUCGAGCUGCUUCCGCAGCAAGGCCGACGGCGGCCGGGCCGAGUGGAGCGAGGUGGUGGAGUCGUACCUGCGGCACGCCAUCGAUGUCGGCAACAAGUUUGGCAACACCAAGUAUCUGCUGGCGCAGCUGGUGCCCGGGCGGCACGCCGAGGCCGUGGGCAUGUUCCGCGGGCACAGCUACUCGGACGUGUGCGCGGCGCUGGGGUACGCGCACCUGAUGGACAAGGCGCGCGAGGUCGACGAGGCGCUCGAGAUCGACCCGGUGUCGCUGCGGAAAGCCAAGGAGGAGCUGGAGCGCCAAAAGCGGCAGCGCAAGGCCGAGGCGAACGAGGCCCGCCGGCUGCAGGGUGCCAACGCCAACGCCAACGCGUCCGCAGCCGCGGCGGGCGGCAACAUGGCCGAGGCACGGUCCUCGGACCAGCAGCACAAGCGCAACCUCUCGGAGCGCGGCCCAGCAGCAUCGGCAGCAGCGGCAACUGCGGCUGUAGUGACGACCGAAGCCCUGCCACAAAAAGCUGCCGCGAUUGCAGCUUAG